GCAGCCCUGGAUUGGGAGGGCGGCGAGAAGUGGGAUUGACUUGGCGCUGGCGGUCGCCGAACUCCAUGUAAACUCCAGUAAAGCGCUUGGCGGUCGAAGGGAGGCAGCGAGGACCGGGUGCAUGAAGCAGGAUCUCAUCGCCCAAACUUGCGGAACUGGAUCCCUAAGGAAUGGAAACGCCUCACUCUCUGCCUGCCGUGCUGCUCCUGCUGCUAUGCUCAGGAGCAGCUGCCUUCCGGAUAUGUGCCUUCAACGCUCAACGCUUUGCUGAAGGAAAGGUGAACAAACCUAGAGUUGUGGACAUACUUGUUAAGAUCUUGGCUCGCUGUGAUAUUUCAGUCUUACAAGAAGUGAUGGAUGCAAAAGGAAAGGCAGUGCCUGCUUUGAUGGAUGCCUUGCGCCAGUUUGAUGACCUACAUAGCUACAGUCACCUCACCAGCCCUUUGCUAGGACGUGGAAAUUAUCAAGAACGAUAUGUAUACAUAUACAGGAACCAGAAGACUCGGAUACUGGAUCACUAUACAUAUGAAGACCUGCAUCCAGAUCGACCGGAUGUCUUUGCUCGUGAACCCUUUAUCGCCCGUUUCAGCACGGCAAACAAAGAGCUUCCAGAGCUGGUGCUGAUCCCACAGCACACGAUGCCAUCCAAGGCAGAAGCUGAAAUCGAUGCUCUCUAUGAUGUUUUCCUGAAUGUUCAGGAACGCUGGGCCACAGAGGACAUGAUUUUUUUGGGUGAUUUCAACGCGGACUGUGGAUACGUGGCCAAGAAACGUUGGAAAGACAUCCGCCUGCGCCAGAAACCUGGCUUUCAUUGGCUCAUAGGAGACAAAGCUGACACCACUGUUCGAGAGAAGACCCACUGCGCUUAUGACAGGAUUGUGAUUCAUGGUGAACGCUGCCUGGAUGCUGUUGUGCCUGGAUCAGCUCAGCCAUUUGAUUUCCCCAAGGAAUUUGGGCUUUCUGAGGAAGAGGCCUUAGAGAUCAGUGAUCAUUAUCCUGUAGAGGUGGAACUUGUCUCAUCCUGUAAGAAGCUCCAGCCAGAUAGUUUAGCUGGUCUUGUGCUGCUGACUAUAGUUGUGAUAUCAGACUCAAGAUAUGGCAUAUGAAGGAAGAAGAUGGCUGUUGUGCUAGUCCUAGAACAAUACCGACGGAGGCUUACCAAAAGGGUACUUAUUACUCUCACAACAGCACUUGAAUCAAUUAUGUUGACUCUAGAUUCAGCUUCCAUCUGUGGUGAGUCUCUGAUGUUCUGACAGUAAGUUCUGGGAAAGCCUGGGAAAUGGAUCCCUCCUCAGUCAACGGGAGUGCUGAUUUCCCACCAGCUUAUCAAGUACUUAGGAGGGGAGGGCUUGACAGCUCAAGGAAACAACAGCCAAUGGCUUAAUAGCCAGCCAUCAACUUCCCAGUCAACAACUUAAAAGCUACUUUCAACUGGGCACCAUAUAAAUACCACACAGAGAACAGCUGAAAGUACACACUCUACUAGAGAGACAUUCCCUGAGGAUGGGCUUCAACACAAGUCUGAAAGCUUGGAAGACUAAACCUCCGGUCCCAGUAACCAACCCAGAUUGGAUCCUGCAAAAGUAGGCUCUCCCCAAAGUACCUACUUUUGGAUCAGUGGUGGGUUCCUACCAGUUCGCACCUAUUCGGUAGAACCGGUUCGUCAAAUCUACCGAAUCGGU